AUGGGUGACCUUCAACUCUCUUCGGCCACAGAGCCCCAUCUCAUGCACCGCUCCCUCCUCACCCGUCCAGAAACCGUAACAUCUGCCUCGGGUGUUUGGAUCACACUCUCUUCUGGCCGCAAGAUCCUCGAUGGCUGCGCAGGCGCUGCAGUUGCCAUCAUCGGCCAUGGAAACACUGAAGUCCGCGAUGCAAUGAUGGAGCAGAUGUCAAGUGUGUCAUACGUGCACACCAUGGCCUACACAACCGACAGUGCAGAGGAUCUCGCGAACUAUAUCCUAGAAGGAGAACCUUUUGAUCUGACACGGGCGUACUUCGUCUGUUCGGGAAGUGAAGCUAUGGAUUCGGCUAUGAAAAUUGCUCGGCAGUUCCAUGUUGAGAAUGGGCAGCCGCAACGAACAAAGUUUGUUUCGAGAAGACAGGCUUAUCAUGGGAACACAAUUGGCGCUAUGAGCGUGGGCAGUUUCGUGGCCAGAAGAGCGCCAUAUGAGGGUGCCAUUCUUCUCGACAAUGUGAGCUACGUUAGUCCCGCAUAUGAAUAUCGGGUACGAAGAGACGACGAAACAGAACAGGACUACGCUCAGAGACUUGUUGAUGAAAUCGAAGCUGAGUUCCAAGCCGUCGGUCCGGAUACAAUUAUGGCUUUCGUAGCAGAGACAGUUGGUGGGGCAACAGCAGGCUGUAUCAGUCCUCCAGCUGGUUAUUUCGAAGGUGUUGGGAAAGUCUGUCGGAAAUACGGUAUUCUCCUUAUUCUUGAUGAAGUUAUGUGCGGAGUCGGCCGUUGCGGUACAUUCUUCGCUUUUGAGCAAGACGGCGACGUUCGUCCUGAUAUCGUCACCACAGGUAAAGGUCUCGGAGGCGGAUAUGCCCCUAUCGCUGCGACGUUGGUGCAUAGAAAUAUCAUCAAGAUAUUGAAGAAGGGAACAGCGAGCUUCAACCAUGGACAUACGUAUCAAGCUCAUCCUGUCAGUUGCGCCGCUGCACUAGCGAUUCAGAAGAUAAUCCGCAGAGAUAACUUGGUAUCUCGAGCUGCCACCCUCGGAGCACGAUUACAUAAAUCUCUGGUCGACAUUUUCCGAGAUCUGGAGUUUGUGGGGAAUAUCCGAGGAAGGGGGUUGUUUUGGGGUAUUGAGUUUGUGAAGGAUAAGAAGACUAAGACACCAUUUGAUAGCAAGAUUCGGUUUGGGGUGAGGGUUCAGGAGAGGGCGUUUCAGCUUGGACUCGCGGUUUAUCCUGGUUCUGGUACGGCUGAUGGUUACUCUGGGGACCAUGUUAUUGUGUCGCCGCCGCUGACGAUUACGGAGGAUGAGAUGGAUGAGUUGAUUGGGUUGUUGAAGAGGGCUUAUGAUGAUGUUGCUGCUGGCUUUAGCUAA